AUGGCAGUCCGUACCUUCACCCAACCCUCAUCCUUACUCGAAUCACUAGCAACAGCCGCCAAGAUGCCGACCUCUGAGGUCAACGGCGAGACUCGAUCAGAAGCUUCAGCCAAGGAAAGCGCCCAGUCUUAUCCGUCCGAUGCAAAGGCACCAUUGGCACACUCUACAAACCCCAAUUCAAGGCCAGGCAUCACCUUUGCCCAUCAAGACAAGCUGCCCAAGCUUCCCAUCCCAGAACUCGAAAGUUCAUGUAAGAAGUACGUCGCCGCUUUGAAGCCUCUUCAGUCCCCCAAGGAGCACAACGACACUGUCCUAUCCAUCAACGAGUUCUUGAAAUCAGAUGGACCUAUACUACAAGAGAAGCUCAAGAAGUAUGCCAGUGGAAAGGCAAACUAUAUCGAGCAGUUCUGGUACGAUUCUUAUUUGAAUUUUGAUAAUCCGGUGGUACUCAAUCUAAAUCCAUUCUUCCUACUGGAAGAUGACCCCACCCCGGCUCGCAACAACCAAGUCACCCGUGCAGCCUCAUUAGUCGUCUCGGCACUUGCCUUUGUCAGAGCUGUCCGUCUAGAAGAACUACCGCCCGAUACAGUCCGCGGUCAACCACUUUGCAUGUAUCAGUACUCACGAUUGUUCGGUACCGCCAGGAUACCCACCGAAAAUGGAUGUCAGAUCGGCCAGGACCCAACGUCAAAGCAUGUUGUCGUCAUGUGCUCUGGCCAGUUUUAUUGGUUUGACGUUCUCGACGACAAUAAUGAUCUGAUCAUGUCUGAAAAGGACAUUGCUCUCAACCUGCAGGUCAUUGUCGAGGAUGCGCAAGAAGUACCCAUCCAAGAUGCCGCAAAAGGGGCCUUGGGCGUUCUGAGUACGGAGAAUCGAAAGGUGUGGGCUGGCCUUCGUGAUGUUCUUCAUCGGGAAGAAGGGUCUAACAACUCCGACUGCCUGAACAUUGUCGACUCUGCACUGUUUAUUCUAUGUCUAGAUUACACCGCGCCACAAACCGGUGCAGAUCUAUGCAUGAACAUGCUUUGCGGUACUAGCAAGAUUGAGCGUGGUGUUCAAGUCGGCACUUGCACGAAUCGCUGGUAUGACAAGCUACAGAUCAUCGUCUGCAAGAAUGGAAGUGCUGGAAUCAAUUUCGAGCACACAGGUGUUGAUGGCCAUACUGUUCUUCGGUUUGCUUCAGACCUGUACACGGACACCAUUCUCCGAUUCGCUAGGACAAUCAACGGUAGCGCACCCAGCCUUUGGGCAUCUCAGAGCCCUGAUCCAGCAAAGCGAGAUCCUGAUAGCUUCGGCGACGUUCAAACCACCCCUCAUAAGCUCGAGUGGGACAUGGUACCUGAGCUCAGCACAGCGCUUCGCUUCGCCGAAACGCGUCUUGCAGAUCUCAUCCAACAGAACGAGUUUGCAACGCUAGAGUUCCCUCACUACGGAAAGAACUUUAUGACAUCGAUGGGCUUCUCUCCCGAUGCCUUUGUUCAGAUGGCAUUCCAGGCAGCUUACUAUGGCUUAUACGGAAGGAUAGAGUGCGUCUACGAGCCGGCGAUGACCAAGGUCUAUUACCACGGACGAACUGAAGCUAUCCGAUCGGUCACAGAAGAAUCCGUCGAUUUUCUCACAACUUUCUGGGGCGAGAACCCAGCAGCGCAGAAGAUAGACGCCCUCCGCAAAGCCUGCCAGAAGCACACUGAGAACACCAAGGACUGCGCAAAAGCGCAGGGACCUGACCGUCACCUCUACGCGCUUUAUUGCAUAUGGCAGCGCUCCAUCGACGAGUCGGCUGAGAUCGCUAGCAGCGAUGGCUGGGACUCUACACGACCUUCAAGCCCCGAUGCAUCGAGCGUGGCAUCUCCCAACCGCAACUCAAUACUAUCCGAGAAUGGAUCCAUCUCCAGCUCGCCGCCUGCGCCAAUGCAGCACUCGAUGCCCGCCCUGUUUGCAGAUGGAGGAUGGGACAAGAUCAACACUACAAUCCUCUCAUCUUCAAACUGCGGUAAUCCCUCACUCCGGCAAUUCGGCUUUGGCCCCACCUCCGCCGAUGGCUUCGGCAUUGGCUACAUUAUUAAAGAUGGCAGCAUUUCCAUCUGCGCGUCCUCAAAACACAGACAAACUUCACGCUACAUUGACGCACUAGAAUCCUACUUCCUCGAAAUCCGCAAACUUCUUCGCCAGAUCAAACGCCGCGGCACCUCGGCCGAUAAGACAGCUUCCCGCGCCCGCGAAGCUGAAGACCGACCCAAGGCAAGCCGCCUCAAGAGCCGAGGCCGACUUAUCCUAGGCGACAGUGGGAAACAACAGACGCCUGCUGAGAGCAUUGUUGACGACGACGAUGACGACGGUCUUGGUGGAUGUAGGGCUCCCCCUUCCCCUCCCUCUUUCACCCUUGAUGAAGUCGAGAAUCUUGUUUUAUCAAAUGGUGCUUUACCACCUACGCCCCCACAAUCACCUCUCUUCAAGCCCAUGACGGCGGUUUUCGUGAGCACUCCUAGGCAGCCCACGUCCAUCAAGACGUUCCGGACUAGGAAGUCCACGAAAGUCGCUGUACGGAGGCCGAUCUACACUUCUUCCUGA